AUGUCUGCUUUGAAUUUAAUCAGGAAAUUUCGUCUACAGACUACACCAAAUGUGGCGAAACUCUCUAGAAUCUGGACAACAAGAGGUAAUAGUGAUGAUAGUAAUAAGUCUAAAAGUGCAGACGUGGAAAAGAAAAGUGCUAGAAGUUCGCUUAGAUGGAAACUUGAUCCAUCAAAAAGACUUGAAUUCAUGUUGGGAGAACCAAGUGGGAAAUUGGAAAGAAAUGUGAACUCAGAAUCCAUGAAAGAUUCACCUGAAUUUGGGAAUUCCCCUCAAAACAAUCCUGUAAAAUCCCCAGACCAUGGAAAUAAAAAUGCUAAGAAUUUAAGAAGGGAACUUGAUCCAUCUACAAGACUUGAAUCCAUGUUAGGUGAACAGAAUGUAAAGAUUGACAAUAUUAAUGUAGAAUUUGAAAGAAAUGGGAAAGUGGAAUCCAUGAAAGAUCAAUCUGAAGCUGGGAUUCCCCCUAACAACAAUUCUAUAACAUACACAGGCAAUAUAAAGUUUACUUCAAAUGAAAACAAAUCUGGUAUGGAGAAGUCAGUUCUAGGUAAUUCAGAAACGAGUUCACAGUUUUUUUCAAGUGAACCCAAAUCAGAGAAUCUAAUUCAAGGAAGUUCCGAACCCUCCACAGAAGACAAAGCUAAGUUUUUUGCAUCUCGAACAGCAAGAAGAAGCAAGUUGUCUCCCUUACAAAGAUAUAGCUGGAUGAUUGAAAAUGCAGACGACAAUUUAAAAGAGAGGCUAGAAUCAGACAUUGAUGAGUCUUUGAAAGAUUUAAAGAAACUUGCUGACAAUGUGAAAAACAAAGACUAA